UCUCUUUUGCUCGCAUGCGAAUAGUAGCGUGAAGUCGCGAGGCACACAUAGCCUCUUAAAAAUCGCACUACUACGUUACGAUACAGUUGCUACAGUUUCUCUCUUACUCUAUGUCUCCUCGCGGACUUUAUAGUGUGUGACGCGCCUCUCUUUCCACAAUAUAAUCUUGCGUAAAAUAACAACGUAUCAUUAUCAAUCGGCCUAACGGCGACAAAAGCAACGACCAACGACGUCGAUCGUCGUGACAUGCAGCAGCACACGCUUGUCAUCGCAACAGCAGCAGCAGCCUCGCACGCGCGCUGACCCGCUGAGAACAUUUUUUCGUCGUUGCGAAUCGAGGCAAUAAUUUUUGAAUCCGCGACAAUCGCAACGAACCAAGCGUCAAAGCGAAACAGAAGAAGCAAAGAAAAAACGUGAUUGAUAGCAAGUGUCACGGUCAUUCUCGGACUGUGUAUGAGUUUGUGUGCGCGUGUGUGUGCAUUACAUAGGAGCUUAGUAGGAUAGGAUCUCGGGGUACUACAACAGCACACGUUCGCCCGCGACGACACACGGCCACGACCGUUUUGUGAUCAUCAUAAUAUAUAUACACACACGGAUGUACGCAGUGUCCAAGCGCGAUACCGUUGUGUGCAUUAUACAAUAUAUAUAAUAUAUAUAGCUACUAGUCGCUGCCUCUAUAUGUAUCGUGUAUAAAAUAGGCUUGCAGACGCCUCUCGAACAAGGAUCUCAGGUCGGAGAUACAUAUAAUAAUAAUAAACGGAAAAAAAGCUGCUGCCGAGUUUUGGUGCGCACGCGAUACAGACAACAUCGACAACGUCUUGCCCAGCCGCAGCAGCAGCAGUACAAGGCAGGGGGGGCAUCGCUUGACAGUCGCUCGAGGGCCGACCAGAGAGGGUGCAAUAUUUUUCAUACAUAGAUUAAGUUGUAAUAAUAAACGUCGGUGACAGUGGUGGUGCAGCUCUCGACUGCGUCGGCGGCGUCAUCGUGUGCUCGAGGCGAGGAAACGCGACGUCCACACGACACAGGCAUCAUGAUGCCCAGACAAUCGUUGAUGGUCAUCGUCGGCAACGAGAGCAGAAACAUAUCGUCUCAGCAGCAGCAACCGUCAGCUCGGAUUCACGGUUACAUCUGAGAAGCACUGAACAAUAAGCUCCAAAGGCGUAAUAAACCCCUAUAAGCGGCUUUAUUAUAUUAGCAAAGAAUAUUAGCAAAAGAACACUUAGAUAAAGAAACACUUAGAUAAAAAUAAAACAAAUAGUGCAAUUAGCCACGCGAAAAUUAGCCUACUCUUCCCCCUAGUUAGUUAGGAGGGACAAAAAAUAUCUCACACUAUUUUUUUUUCGAUAAUCUAACGAGAAAAAAAAUGCCUACCAGUAAUUUGGCACGCGGUGCCCAGGCGAUGAUGGCCGGCGCGCAAGCGUCGCCACCGCCCGCGCACUACAUACACGAGCUGCCGGCCCAGGACGAGGAGCGCCUCGGCAAGCUCUUCAGGACCCUCGAUCUCGACGGCAACGGGCGCAUCGACGUGCACGACCUGUCCAAGGCUCUGCACGCCGCCGGCGUUCACGAGCGCUAUGCACAGAAAUUUUUGGCGCGCUCGGACCAAACGAAGAGCGGAGAUAUAUCAUUAGCCGAAUUUAUCCAUUAUGUGCGGGAGCACGAAAAAAAUCUACGUUUACAAUUUACCGACCUAGAUAAAAAUAAAGAUGGUAAAAUUGAUCUUGAAGAAUUGAUAAAGGCGUUCAAAGAGCUUGGCGUUGAAAUGGAACGGGCCGAAGCUAAGAAACUGCUUCAAAGAAUGGAUAAAGAUGGAAGCCUCAACAUUAGUUUCAACGAAUGGAGAGACUUCUUACUGUACGCCCCAACUACCGAUAUUCAUGAAUUGAUACAGUAUUGGAGACAUACAACGUAUAUGGACAUUGGCGAGGACAUCGGAGUGCCGGACGACUUCACCAACAGCGAGAUGGUCACGGGCAUGUGGUGGCGUCACCUGCUAGCCGGUGGCGUCGCGGGGGCGGUGUCGCGCACCUGCACCGCACCCCUCGAUCGCAUCAAGGUCUAUCUGCAAGUGCACGGCUCCAAGUCCUGCAACAUACUGAGCUGCGGCCGCUACAUGAUGCGCGAGGGCGGCAUCAAGUCCUACUGGCGCGGCAACGGCAUCAACGUACUUAAGAUCGGGCCCGAGACCGCCCUCAAGUUCGCCGCCUACGAGCAGGUCAAGCGCCAGAUCAAGGGCAGCGACAAUCGAGAGCUCAGCAUAUACGAGCGAUUCGUGGCCGGCUCGAUCGCCGGCGGCGUCUCCCAGUCCGUCAUCUAUCCUCUCGAGGUGAUGAAGACAAGGCUGGCGCUGAGGAAAACCGGCGAGUACGCCGGCAUACGCGACGCGGCGAGCAAAAUCUUCAAUCAGGCGGGAUUGAAGAGCUUCUACAGAGGCUACAUUCCCAAUCUCAUCGGUAUCCUGCCCUACGCUGGUAUCGAUUUGGCCGUUUACGAGACGCUGAAAAAUAAUUAUCUAAGGACACACGACAAGAGCGAGCAGCCGGCGAUCUGGCUGCUGAUACUCUGCGGCACCGUGUCGAGCACGGCGGGCCAGGUAUGCUCCUAUCCAUUGGCACUAGUCAGAACGCGACUGCAGGCCCAGGUCGCGCCCGUCAAUGGCGAGAUGAGCAUGGUCGGCAUAUUCAGCGACAUACUCAAGCGCGAGGGAUUGCGCGGCCUCUAUCGCGGCCUGACUCCCAAUUUCCUCAAGGUCGCGCCAGCGGUAUCGACGAGUUACGUCGUUUACGAAUACGUCAGAUCGGCUCUGGGCGUCAACAUGACGUGAUGAAAACGUCCCCGGCCGCUCAACAACGUUUUAGGUUAUCAAUUUCACAUCGUUUUAUCCAGCUCGAAUAACAAACUGUACGUUAAGUACAAGUUAACGAUAAACAUAUAUGUUGUAAAAUAUAUACAGCUAAUAAUAAUAUUAAUAAUAAUGAUCACGAGGCACGGACGCGAGCGCGCGCGGGCUAGUAGGAUCCAGACGACGCCAAUCGUCAAUUGUGUAUGAUAUAUAUUAUAUAUAUAGAAUUAAGUUGCGAACAGAUAUAUGAGCCCGUGCGCCGUGCCAGUACAACCGACUGAUGUAGACCCAAAUUUUUUUCGAAACAUUUGCGUAGAUAAUUUUACAUAUAAUAGGAGAGAGAUAGAGAGAUGCUUGUACGUAUAUAUAUUUAAUUAUAUUACUACACAUUGUUACGGCGAGACCGUUUUAAUCUCUUCCUCUCUUGAAAAAAACGUAUAUAUUAACUCAAUUUCAUUUUAUUGUUAUAUAUUAUAAUAACUAUGAUGUAAAGCAAAAUUUUCCUCUCGAGCCUUUUACCAAUUUUUCUCUCAUAAAUACAAGCGUGUUUGCUAGUUGUCUUUUUUACGGAACGAUGUGUUGAAGCAUUGUCGAAUGUUGCAUUAUGCACGUGCAAGGCGCUUCUCGACUACGACGACUAAAUAAAGUAAAUUCAGCCAUUUUUUCUCUCGAAUAGCUAAAGGAGUGAUGUUGUUGCCUAUCGCGUGGUCCCUUGCUUGCUCGAAAACUCAAGUGCACUACACCGAGACAAUUUUUUUAAUGUCACGUGUAUCUGAUUAUUUUUAUCUGCCACGAUUUCAUGGCUGUACAGUUCCUCGGUGCUACUCCUAUAAGAUGGAUUAAGUAUACGAGUAUUUGUAAAAAAAAAAUUAAAAACGAAAAGAAUGCAAAUGAGAGUUGAAGAGAGAGAUCGAAUGAAAGCAAUUUGAGCGCUCUUGCUGUAUAGUGUAAUCGACUGAUUAUUUAAAUUUACGAUCAGUAACGUCGUUGGUCGACAUUUGAUGAAACAAAAAAAAUAAAUGCGCUAUCAAAUUGUAUAAUGUAAAGCGGAAUAUUCAGUUCUCCAAGAUCGAGUUAUAUUAUGAAUAUAAUAUUUAUAUACUUACACUGUGAUAAGUAUUGAUUAUAAGAUGUUUUAAACAAAAUAUUUUACAAUAAUAUAUGAUAAUUACAAAUAUUGUGUUCGCUAUUCGAUGGAUACGUUGCUGGGAUAAAAACUCUAGCUUGAUGCCAAGAGUCAACGAUCCUUGUAAAUGCAUCGUAUGAUAUUUACGAAUCACAUGCAUGAAAUCCGAGCUGAAACAGUCUCGUCCAAUAGUCCAAAAUUAAAUAAUUCAAUAAAUAAUGGCUCAAUGAUCCCUUUUAUCUUCAUGAUAAUAAUUAAUUAAAAAAUGAAUUGAUUAUUACUAUUUGUAAUAAAAUUCCAAAUUAAAAUGUAUAAGAUUAAUCGAUCGCGUUUAAUAUGAUUGUAUACGCAUGUCGAUCUUUCAAGGCUUGUUUGAAUGUUAUUCAUUCCUUUUUUAUUUAAAAAAAAGAAACGAAAAGAAUACGAUAAAUAGAAGAAAAAAACGAGAGAACGGUUUUGAAGAUUGAAGUAGAAAAGGUUUUCUUGUACAUUGUAGCUAGAAAAGAUAUUGUUUAUUUCAAGUGUAGCGAUGUUUUAAACGUUGCCCAUACACUACCUUGCGAAUCUCGCUUGUUUAUUUUAGCCGGUUUCUUUUCAAUAUGGAGCUCAUAUACGACCGAUUACACUUCUUAUUUAUUUAUUAUUUAUAUAUUAGUAAAAUUAUUGAUGUAUAAAAGGAUCGACUCGUGCUGCUUUCGCUUUACGAGAGUUUGCAUGUAGUGAUCUGAGAAGAAGUAAAGUCGUGGAAAGAAAUAACAUUAUUGUGUUCUUCGUUGAUUAUUGGUAUCGAUUAUUGUAAAUGAUUAAAUUCGUAAUUAUCAAAAAUUAUAUAUUUAAUUUUUAUACGAAUUGUCAGCUUUAUAUGUAGAUAGUUAAAAUUUACAUUGAAAGAAGUGAACAAAUAGUAUGUUUUUGGUACGAUAUAUAUGUCGGACAAGGAAUAACAUUACUAGAGAAUAAACAUUUUUUGCUUUAAAGGACUGAAUGAUACACAUUACACGUAACUUUCGUGAGAGAUAAAAAAUUAAUCGAAAGCUAAAGCAAGUCGACAACUUUUUCUAGUUCUUUUUUAUGCCUCUGAGUGUGAAUGUAUAUUAAAAAUAGUUUUUUUUCUAUGAAUAAAUGUAAUUAUUGACUCAUCCAAAA